ACCAGCAGCACUGGCUCCCACACUCACAACACCUGAGCUGAAGGAGCUCAGGGGAUGCUGAGUCCUGUGCCUGCCAGGCCCAAGAAGGAAGGUGAGCGCCCUGUGGCAGCCGGACCUCCCAGGCACACCCUCCACUGGCAGAUUGGUGGCACUGGGCCUCUCUCAGGUGGAUGCCACUCCACCAGGGGACAUUGGGACACGCUGUCUGAGGUUCUCAUUCUCUCCCGGGUGAGCUCGUGGGGUGUGGCUGCCCCUCAGGGACCAUGCUGGAGUUGCUUCUGCUCAGGUCUGCCGGCUCCAUCCUGAGGACCAUUUUCUUAAACAGAUUGCCGCCAGGUGGGCCUGGGUGUGUUCGCAAACUUAGUUUGAACCUGCGGUACCAGCGAGGAACAAGGCAGAAUGUGAAAAGCAGCUUCCUGACUGAUGGGCAGGCACGCUCCAAAGAGACCUUAAGCCAUGCUCACAAGCUCUCGUCCCCAGAGAAGGCGAAGGAUGCCCAGCUGGAUUCUCCAGAGGAGACACUAUGGACAACUCGGGCCGAUGGGCGGGUCCGCCUGCGCAAAGACCCCAGCUGCUCACAGGUUCCCUACACUGUGCAUCAGAUGUUCUGCAAGACUCUGGACAAGUACGGAAACCUGAGCGCUAUGGCCUACAAGCGCCAGGGCACGUGGGAGCGUAUCUCCUAUUUCCAGUACUACCUGCUGUCCCGCAAAGCCGCCAAGGGCUUCCUGAAGCUCGGACUGGAGCAGGCCCACGGCGUGGCCAUCCUCGGCUUCAACUCCCCGGAGUGGUUCUUCUCGGCAGUGGGCACAGUGUUCGCAGGUGGCAUCGUCACUGGCAUCUAUACCACCAGCUCCCCCAAGGCCUGCCAGUACAUCGCCUAUGACUCUCGAGCCAACAUCAUCGUGGUCGACACACAGAAGCAGCUGGAAAAGAUCCUCAAGAUCUGGAAAAACCUGCCACAUCUGAAGGCAGUAGUGACAUAUCGAGAACCUCCUUCCAAGAAGAUGCCCAAUGUGUACACGAUGGAGGAGGUCAUGGAACUGGGGAAUGAGGUGCCUGAGGAGGCCCUGGACAGCAUCAUCGAGGCCCAGGAGCCUAACCAGUGCUGCGUGCUGAUCUACACAUCGGGCACCACCGGGACCCCCAAGGGUGUGAUGCUGAGUCAAGACAAUAUCACGUGGACAGCACAUCACAGCAGCCAGGCUGGUGGCAUCAGACCCUCAGAGGUCCAGCAGGAAGUGGUGGUCAGCUACCUGGCCCUCAGCCACAUUGCCGCCCAGUUCUAUGACUUGUGGACGGGCCUCCAGUGGGGGGUCCAGGUCUGCUUUGCCGAACCUGAUGCCCUGAAGGGGAGCCUGCUGGACACACUGCGGGAGGUGGAGCCCACGACCCACCUCGGGGUGCCUCGGAUAUGGGAGAAGAUCAUGGAGCGUAUCCAGGAGGUGGCGGCACAGUCUGGCUUCAUCCGGCGCAAGAUGCUGCUGUGGGCCAUGUCGGUGACCUUGGAGCAGAACCUCACCUGCCCGAACAGCGAUCUGAAGCCCUUCAUAACACGACUGGCGGAUUACCUGGUGCUCUCCAAGGUCCGCCAGGCCCUGGGCUUUGCCAAUUGUCAGAAGUACUUCUACGGAGGCGCGCCCAUGACCACAGAAGCACAGCAUUUCUUCCUGGGCCUCAACAUCCGCCUGCUUCCGGCGUACGGCCUCAGCGAGACCUCAGGCCCCCACUUCAUAUGCAGCACCUACAACUACCAGCUCUACAGUGCCGGCAAGUUGGUGCCAGGCUGCCGGGUGAAGCUGGUGAAUGAGGACUCAGAGGGCAUCGGAGAGAUCUGCCUGUGGGGCCGCACCAUCUUCAUGGGCUACCUGAACAUGGAGGACAAGACGCGUGAGGCCAUUGACUCUGAUGGCUGGCUGCACACGGGCGACAUGGGCCGCGUGGAUGCCAACAGCUUCCUCUACAUCACCGGGCGUCUCAAAGAACUGAUCAUCACGACCGGCGGGGAGAACGUGCCCCCUGUGCCCAUUGAGGAUGCUGUGAAGAUGGAGCUGCCCAUCAUCAGCUUUGCCAUGCUGAUUGGGGACCAGAGGAAGUUCCUGUCCAUGCUGCUCACCUUGAAGUGCACUCUGGAUCCAGACACCUCUGACCCAACCGACAACCUGACGGAACAAGCUGUGGAGUUCUGCCAGAGGGUGGGCAGCAGAGCUACCACAGUCUCCGAGAUCGUGGACAAGAAGGAUGAGGCCGUGUAUCAGGCCAUCGAAGAGGGGAUCCAGAGAGUCAACAUGAAGGCAGCAGCCCAACCCUACCACAUCCAGAAGUGGACCAUUCUCAAGAGGGACUUCUCCAUCUCCGGUGAAGAGUUGGGUCCCACAAUGAAGCUGAAACGGCACAAAGUCCUGGAGAAGUACAAAGAUCUCAUCGAUUCCCUUUAUCAAGAGCAAAACAAGUAAUCAGGGGUUGUCCUUCCCCGGUUUCUCCUGAAGAUGGCAGGCUGAGUGCUUUCCUGACCUCCAGGUCCUCUUCAGUCUGGGUGCGCGGACCCCUGGCCAAGUCUGUUAGGUCUUGGGGUCAGGUGCGGUCCUGGCACCUAUGUUUGCCAGGUUUUAUGCCAACAAUAGCUGAGAAGCUUCACGUGUGCAUAGUUUUAAAAGUACUCCUUUCUGUUCAGGUGACAAAUGAGAUCAGCUCUCCUUCCAGAACUAAAGGGCUGACAAGUUUUGGCUUCAGUUCCUGGUAGAUUUAAUAGGCUGCUUGCUCACUUAGCAGUCCAGCCAGCAGCAGGCCGAGCGCUGGGGGAGGAAGGGGAAGGUGGCUUGUAGAACCAGUGCGUGCUGCCGGGCAGGCUCUCUGUUGUAACUCACCUAAAGGCCCGACUUGCUUGGGAAUUGUGCUGGACGUGGCCGACCAUCUCAUCCCAUCGCCAGGCGCUCUGCCGUGCACACACCAGCUGCCUUUGAUGCUUAAUAAACUGUGGCUGCCUUCCUGAUUGUAUUUAAUGUGUGACUUGAAACUAAACUUUCUAACAGAACUGUUAACAAGUACUUCAUUUGUCAAUCGAGCAGCAGACCAGUCCAGAGCUGUGGGUAUUUAACCCACAGGAUGCUGUGUACUAUGCAUGAGUGAACUUCAGGAGGGAGCCAAGUGGAACAUUCUAGUGAAAGCAGCCAACUUGUGCUAAUCCAUCACCACACCACCCCUCCCACUCUGAAUACUUUAAGCAGCCAUUCUUAGGAGUAAGCUGAGCCAAAAUGACCAGAGGCAUCUAAAUGGGAAACAGGUAGAGAAUGCGUUCGUCUCCAUCAGUCUGGGAAUUCUUUAUUAGGGUAAACCCAAGAAAUACUGAUAAUUAGCACAAUCCAAUAAAACAGAAGCAGCCAUUUGAA